GAUUCCAGCAUGGCGGUGCAGCCGAAGCAGAACUUGUCCAUGGAUAGCGCAGCCGAGCACGGCUUUCUAAACUUCAUCUUCUCCAUGCCGGAGAAGCCGGACACCACUUUCAGAAUAUUCGACCGUAACGACUACUACACCGUUCACGGGAAAGACGCCGUAUUCGCGGCGAAGGAAGUUUUCAAGACGAAUGGGGUCAUAAAAUAUUUGGGCUCAGGGAGUCGCAAGCUGGAGAGUGUGGUCCUGAGCAAGCUGAACUUUGAGGCCUUUGUGAAAGACUUGCUGCUGGUGAGGCAGUACAGAGUAGAGGUGUACAGGAACCACAGCAAGAGCAGCAAGGAGCAUGACUGGAAGAUCGAGUACAAGGCCUCUCCAGGAAACUUGACUCAGUUUGAGGAGAUCCUGUUCGGCGGUGGAACCGGAGCUGAGGGCUGUGCAGGAGUCGUAGCCGUGCGCUUUGCUACAGGUGCUGACGGACAGCGCGUGGUCGGGGUUGGCUAUGUGGACGCCGCCCAGAGGACGAUGGGAGUGUGCGAGUUUCCAGACAACGAGAUCUUCUCCAACCUGGAGUCCCUGCUUGUCCAACUCAGCCCCAAAGAGUGUCUCUUAGCUCAGGGUGAAGGCAACACUGACAGCAAUAAACUUCGAGAGGUGGUGGAGCGUGGCGGCAUGCUGGUCUCUGACAGGAAGAGAGCAGAGUUCAGUAGCAAGGACAUGGUCCAGGAUCUCAACAGGCUGCUGAGAGCCAAGAGAGGAGAGACUGUGGCCAGCAACACGCUGCCUGAGCUGGACAAACAGGUGGCUAUGUCAUGCUUGGCAGCAGUGGUGCGUUUCCUAGAACUGCUCUCUGACGAGUCCAACUUCAACUCCUUCAGUCUGACCACUCUGGACCUGGGUCAGUACAUGAGGCUGGACAACGCUGCUGUGAGGGCUCUGAACCUCUUCCAGGGUUCACCUGACGACACCACCGGAGCUCAUUCGUUGGCUGGUCUGUUGAACAAGUGCCGUACGCCGCAGGGUCAGCGACUGGUCAACCAGUGGAUCAAACAGCCACUCAUGGACAAAACCAAAAUAGAGGAGAGGCUGGACCUGGUGGAGAGCUUCGUGUGCGACUCUGAGCUCAGGCAGACCUGUCAGGAGGAUUUGCUGCGGCGGUUUCCUGAUCUUCACCGCCUGGCCAAGAAGUUCCACCGUCACAGUGCGACCCUGCAGGACUGCUACCGCGUCUACCAGGCCGUGAGCCAGGUCCCCGCCCUCAUCACGGCGUUGGAGAGAUACUCUGGUAGUUACCAGGUUCUGUUGGAGGCAGUGUUCCUCUCCCCUCUCAGAGACCUGCAGACUGACUUUGUCAAGUAUCAGGAGAUGAUUGAAACCACUCUGGACAUGAACCAGAUUGAUCACCACGAAUUCCUGGUGAAGGCAUCGUUUGAUCCGGUGUUGAGUGAGCUGAGAGAGAAGAUGGACGCGCUGGAAAAGAGCAUGCAGGCAGUGCUGAACAGUUCAGCCAGAGAACUGGGUCUGGAUGCUGGUAAGACGGUGAAGCUGGAGUCAAACGCCAUGUUGGGUUUUUACCUGAGAGUCACCUGCAAGGACGAGAAGAGUCUGAGAAACAACAAGAAAUUCACCACGCUGGACGUUCAGAAGAACGGAGUGCGUUUCACAAACAGUAAGCUGAGCUCUCUGAAUGAGGAGUACACCAAGAGCAGGGAGGAGUAUGAGGAGGCCCAGAACGCCAUCGUCAAAGAGAUCAUCAACAUUGCCUCAGGUUACGUGGACCCGCUCCAGACGCUGAGCGAUGUGAUAGCGCAGCUGGACGCGGUGGCGAGUUUCGCCGUGGCAUCCGUCUCGGCUCCUGUGCCGUACGUUCGGCCCCGCCUCUUGGCUGACGGCUGCAGGCGUAUGGAGCUGGUGCAGGCCAGACACCCCUGCAUGGAGACAGACGCAGACACCGCCUUCAUACCCAACGACAUCACCUUCGUCCAGGGAGAGAAGAGCUUCUAUAUUAUAACAGGACCAAAUAUGGGAGGCAAGUCGACAUUUAUCCGACAAGUGGGUGUGAUCGCCCUGAUGGCUCAGAUCGGCUGCUUUGUGCCAUGCGAGAAGGCAGAGCUUAGCAUGAUUGACAGUGUCCUGGCCAGGGUGGGAGCAGGGGACAGCCAGGUGAAAGGCGUGUCCACCUUUAUGUCCGAGAUGUUGGAGACUGCUGCCAUUUUGCGCUCGGCCACGGAGAACUCGCUCAUCAUCAUCGACGAGCUCGGCAGAGGCACGUCCACAUACGAUGGCUUCGGUUUGGCCUGGGCCAUCAGUGAACACAUCGCCUCCAAAAUCGGCUGCUUCUGUCUGUUCGCCACGCACUUCCACGAGCUGACGGCGCUCGCAGCACAUCAGCCCUCUGUCCACAACCUGCACGUGACGGCCCUGACCUCCCACAACACGCUCACCAUGCUGUACAGAGUCAAACCAGGUGUAUGUGACCAGAGUUUUGGUAUCCACGUCGCUGAGCUGGCUUGUUUCCCGCCAUCGGUGGUGGCCAUGGCGAAGGAGAAGGCGGAGGAGCUGGAGGAGUUCCAGGAACCUGCAGGGGAAAAGUCGGAGCAGGAGGAGGAAGAGCCUGAGGCCAAGAGACGACGGACAGACAAACAAGUGGGGGAAAACCUGAUCCAGGACUUCCUGGAGAAGGUGAAGACACUUCCUGCUGCCACCAUGAGUGAGGAGGAGGUGAAGGCAGAGCUCAGGAGGAUGAAGCAGGAGCUGGUCGCCAAGAAUAACUCGUAUGUAAAGGAGAUCCUUGGCCGCUGUGUUCCUGUAAAAACCGCUUGAUUUUUAGAUGCACGUAUAUGUUCUCAACAGAGAUUCAUUUCAUAUACACAUACAUGUAGACAGACACACUAGAGCGCUUACAUUGUAUAGUUUUUCAAUAAAGAAUUAUUCCUAGAUGUUUCUCAGGCCCAGUUAUUUACCUGCUUGACACCAUGUUGCGCAUCAAUAGCUGCGUCCUGGCUGUUUUAAGAACCUCAGAUUUCUUUGGAAACGCUGUGUGCAAAAUCCAAGACCAUAUUUUUUUUGUUUUUUUUUUACCAUAGCUGCAGUAUGAAUUCGGGUCGAAGAUGUUGCAGAUGUCAACCGCAGCAUUUUAGGCACAAGUUCCCAAAAUUCAGCUUUACAUUUUCUGUGUUUGAAAACCCCCAAAACAGUAAAAAUAUCAAUUGCAUUUUAAAGACCCAGCAGUCAAUCCAUAACAAUUGUUAGAGGCCCACUGAAAACAGCAGGACUCUGAAUGUGCCGUCAGCUACUGGUGAGUAGAAGUUAACUAAUACUUCGGUUAAUCCUUUAACAGUUUUUGAAGACUUCAAACUGGCUUCUGGUGAUGGAGUCCUUCUGUUAAGAUGGACAAUAGGUUGCCUCUGUCAGUGUAUGACAGCACAGGUUGGACAUUAUCAGUCAUGCUCAACAGGUUCACCUCCAAACAUUGAAGUCAGACAAUUUAGUAACAUCUCACCAGGCUGACAAAGGUCAAUUAUAACAACAAUUACAGAUGCAUAAUGCUGAGGUCUUUUUUUUUUUUUGCAGUUUUCCCAAUGAAAGAUGAUUCUGAUAUUUAAGUCUGUACAUUUUAAUGAUUCUUAGCACAUUUCUAACUCAUGAGGACCUGUAACACCUGACAGACUGUACUGACAGACACUCUUUUGGGGCAGUUGUUAACGUGGUAAACGUUAUCUCUUAGGAUACUUAAACAUCAUUUUCUUCAGUAAGACUGGGUGUUUAUUGGUAAUUGGGCAGGAUGUGGAUUUCAUCAUACUCGAGUUAAUUUACAAGACGGACACCUCUGAUCUAAUAAAGUUUUAUUUUCUUAGAAA